AUGCUCGAAAGUACAGACUGCACCAAACCGACGUUCGAAUACGAGUUUUACAGUGCAAAUGUUGAGUUCGGAGAAGUCUGUUCUCCGCUAGCUCCCACGUUGUUGGAUGGAAUUUUGUCGAAAUUUGCAGUGAAGUCCAAGGCUCGUUUCUCCACCACUCUUCAAAUGGUCGGUGUGAUCUCGGAUCAGCCAUCGCUGAUCACCUUACUGCUCUUGGAUAUGCAUGUGUUUGUGCACUUUGUUAUCUUCUUUCUCUACAUCGAUGGAUUCCUACGUGUACAUCCGAUUUUUCAUCGGAAUGUUUUGCGGAGGCUUAACCACGGUCGGUACAAUUUUGGUGGUGGAAAGCCUUGCCAGCGAAACAUCGUCUCUGGAUGUGUACGGUGGUCACAUGGGCUCCUAAUUACAUUUUGUUCGCUAUUUUUGCAUACUUCACUGGUCAUUGGAGGAUAUUGGCCCGGGCGUGCAGUGCGGUAA